GGUGUUACCUGGUCAGUUUUUGGCGGAUACAAUGCGUAUUACGCGUUCAUCAUAGAAUACGGUUGACUAAUCAAUUUCGGUGUUAUAAGUGAACUUUUAAUAUCACCGAAAAGAGGAAAGAGGCUAGGGAAAGGAUUGAAAGUAAAACCGUUAAAUAGUCAGGAGAUAUCGUGAGAGGUCUUUCCUUCAUUCCCUCAUUCUGUAGACCAUCUUGCUCUUCAGACUUGUCAACAACAUAUCACUUACCUUGACUUACUCUUCUUCACCAUUACCUCUUAUAGCUUAAAUCAACCUCACCACAACAAAACAAGCAAAAUGGCUAUCAUCGUGACUCUCCCCGACGAGUACGGCUACGUCCUCCUAGCCACCGUCUCCACCUUCUUCGUCAACAUCUUCCACUCCAUCAACACCGGCAAGCAGCGCAGUGCCUCGGGCGUCAAGUAUCCCGCCGCCUAUGCCUCUCAGGAGGUAGCCGAGAAGGACCCCAAGGCUUUUGCCUUUAACUGCGCCCAACGCGCCCACGCCAACUUCACCGAAAACCUCACCCCCGCCAUCGGCGCCAUGCUCAUCGCGGGUCUCAAGUACCCCGUCCUCGCCGGCGCUCUGGGCGGUCUGUGGAGCUUGAGCAGGGUGUUCUACGCCGUCGGGUACACCAAGGGAGGACCCCAGGGCCGCACCAAGUUCGGCCUUUUGGCUUCGUUGAGCUUGGCGACGCUUAAGUUGACGGCGGCGUAUACGGCUGUGCAGAUGGCUUUUUACUAAAUGGAGCGGAGGUGUGAGUGAGGUGGUGAGAAUGGAGGAUGGGGGGGGCUUGAAGUAGAAAAAAAAGACAUCCAGAUAAAAGUGGAAAUAGAAACAGGAAAUGCAACAGUAGCCAGUCACCUAUGUUGUGAAUAACCAACCACUCGGUUCACCAUUUUAU